GUCCGCUCUCACAGACUUCUUUCUCUCUCUACAAGCUCUCUGCGAAGAAAUAUUUUCUCUCUCUACCACUAGCAGUUGCAACUUCUAACGGCGGAGCUUCGGUGGAUUUCACGGUGGUUCUCCGCCGGAAUGUCACUUUCCGGCCGCAAUUGCUUCAUUUUCAGUUUGAUUACUCUCAAUUUCUAGGUCACAAUGUACCUUCUCGUUCUGAGUGUCAGAAUCUUGAUUCUUUUACGUAGAAAAGAUGUGUGAAAAUUGGCUCCAUUUGGAGCUGUGUACUUCAUUUUUCUUUUGCUUUCUCGACGAUCUCGCUCUUUCAAACCGCUUUCUCCAAUUUUUCUUUGUCUUUCUUCGCUGCUAAUUGAAUCUGACUUCACUCUCACUCUCUCUCUUUCUACCUUUUUCUUUCUCGGGAAACUUUUGAAGAUAGAUUCUUCCCUUUUUAUCUCUUUCUUUCUCUUGUCGUUGCUUAGACCGAUUUUGAAUCUGUAAAAAGUUGCUUUAUCUGCUUUUGGUUCACCUGUUAGGGAUUCGUUUUUUUAAUUUUAAUUAUCUUUUAAGUUUUUUCUUUUGGAAUGUCUAUCUUGUGGUUACCAGUCAAAUUCAAUGUAGGUCCCUUUAGACUCUGAUUUUUUUCUGACCUGUUUUGCUCCUUGAAAUCUCCAUCCACCAUGGAAUUCCUUAGCUGUUUACCUCAUUGAAGGUGAUCUUAACCUAACUAUUGUUGGUUCACUUCUCAGAAACAGAUCCAUAAUAUUCAGCUUCAGCAUCAUUGCAGCCAAGGGGUUAAAGGUAUUGAGAUGAAUGGGAUUCAGAGAAGAAAUGUUGGUAAUAAUGAAAAGCCCUUCCCUGGUUGUUUGGGAAGAAUGGUGAACCUCUUCGAUCUGAGUACCGGUGUUUCUAGGAACAAACUUCUUACUGAUGCACCACAUCGUGAAGGUUCUACUCUCUCAAGAAAUCAGGCGGAUGUGGGAAGGAUGUUUAAUCAAUUCACCAAUCAAACUGAAGAUAAUCUGACAGUGCCUGAAUUGCUUAAAGCAUCGAAUAAGAGAGCAAAUGAAACAUCUGUGAAGAUGCUCAUUGAUCAAGAGAUGUCAGAAAUGGUGUGUACAAAAAAUCCACCCAAUGUAGUUGCAAAGCUUAUGGGCCUUGAAACUCUCCCUCAUCAGCUUCCUGAUUCAUCUGUUCAAAGAAACAAUAUAAGAAGUUAUCCAAAGAGUAAAGCUGCGAACAAUGGAAUGUCAUUAGGAUGUAGGGAACAAAGUGGCUUCUUGGAAGAGGGAAUGAAAUGUGAAGUCAAUGAAUGUUCAAAUCAGAAAGAAUAUAAAGAUGUUUAUGAAAUAUGGCAGCAAUCUCCACAGACAAAUUAUAUCAGAGAAAGAGAGACAAAGAAGGGAGUGGAAAGUGAAAUUGUGACAGAUAGAAAGAUGGCUCUUGUUCGCCAGAAGUUUGUGGAAGCAAAACGUCUGGCCACCAGUGAGAAACUGCGCCAAUCCAAAGAAUUUCAAGAUGCACUAGAAGUUUUAAGUUCCAAUAAGGAUUUGUUUGUCAAGUUUCUGCAGGAGCCAAAUUCAUUGUUCACUCAGCAUCUGAAAGAGCUCCAGUCCAUCCCUCCAUCUCCUGAGACAAAGCGAAUCACUGUUCUUAGACCUUCAAAGGUUUUUAAGGAUGAAAGAUUCAGUGAUUUCGAGAAAAAAAACUACAGACAGUUAAGGCUACCAGCUCAGAGGACAUCAGCUAUUUUAGACAAAAGUGAUCCAAGAUUUUCCCCUACUCCAACUAUUAAUAGGACUAAUGAAUAUGCUGUAGCUGCUCAACCAACAAGAAUAGUGGUUUUGAAGCCUAGUCCUGGGAGGAAUCAUGAUGUUAAGCCCAUGGUCUCAUCACCUGGCUCAUUGCCUAGAGUGGUGCAAGAGGAAAGUUUUCAUGAGGGAUUUGAAGAUGAUGAUGUGAAGGAAUCAAGAAAAUUUGCUAGGAAUAUUACUCAGAAAAUGUGUCACAAUCUUUCGGGUCAUCGAAGGGAUGAAACUUUGCUUUCUUCUGUGUUUUCUAAUGGCUAUACUGGUGAUGAAAGUUCGUUUGAAAAAUCAGAGAAUGACUAUGCAGUAGAAACUCUGAGUGAUUUGGAAGUCAUGUCUUUCUCUUCGCACCAUUCUUGGGAAUAUGUUAACAGAUAUAGUAGCCCAUUUUCGUCAUCCUCCUUCAGCCGAAUAUCAUGCUCUCCAGAGUCAUCAGUGUGCAGAGAAGCCAAGAAGCGACUGUCAGAAAGAUGGGCCAUGAUGACGUCACGUGGGAACUAUCAGGAGCAAAGGCACGUACGGAGACACUCAAAUACAUUGGGCGAGAUGCUUGCACUGUCAGAUGCAAAGAAAUCAAUAAUAACUGAUAAUGAAGUUAAUGAACACAAAACAGGUGAGUUAGAGCCCUAUUUUAAUAGUGAUGAAAAUAUUGAAUGUCUGGAUGGUUCUCCUACGACGCUUGUAAGGUCGAAAUCUGUCCCAGGAUCUUCUGCGUUGAUUGGCAGGCUUAAUCUUGAAGCAUCAGAUCUUGUGAUCGUAAAAACUGAUGAUCCGAAGUUGCUAGCAAAGCCAAAGGGUGUCAAGUCAUCAUUUAACGAGAAAGUCUCAAAUUUAUUUUUCUCGAGGAAUAAAAAAUUGAGUAAAGAAAAACGUGGUGGGUCUCAAACAAAAGAUGAAUCUCAAUCUUCCAGUGUCGACACACCCUCAUCCCUAUCUUUCGUUCAUCAUUCGAGAGGUUUGAGUAAUGCUGCAUCUCAUUCUAAUGAUGGUGAAGGGUGCUCAUCAGGCACUUCUCUACAUUCAGCCAAUAAGGUUGCAAGAGGAGGUGCAGUUCAUCAUGAGGCGGGUUUGUCUAUGAAAAGACCUUUCACGAUUGGAAACGCCGUUGAAAAUCAAGAGCAGCCGAGUCCAAUAUCCGUUCUGGAACCACCAUUUUCUGAAGAUGAUUAUACACAUCUAGAGUUGUCCAGCUAUAUAAAGCCAGGAAAUCAUGAGUUCUGUACGCCAUUCAAGAAUAGCCUCAUUGACAAAUCGCCACCCAUAGAAUCAGUUUCUCGGAGUAUAUUCUGGGGUGAUUCUUAUUCAGAUUCGUUUGCUUCCUAUGCACUCAAAUCUUCACCAGUUUCCACUUGUUUGGAGGAAGAACAAAACUGGCAUUGCCUCGUGGAAGCCCUUCUUACAAUGUCUGAUCUCAGUAGUGAAGUACAACAAUGUGGCUUUUUGUUUACAAGAUGGCAUUCGCUUGUAAAUCCACUAGAUCCAUCUCUAAGAGACAAAUAUGCCAAUCUAAGCAACAAAGAGCCGAUGCUCGAGGCCAAGCGAAGGCAGGUACGAUCAAGUAGGAAGCUUGUAUUUGACUGUGUGAAUGCUGCCUUGAUUGAUAUAACAAGUCAGGAACUCGACCACAGACGAAGUGCGAAAACAUCUAGCAGAGCCCAUGACAGCAGUUUCACCGAGGGCGCACCACUAACAUUAUUGGACUGUGUUAUGGGUAAACUGAAGGAUUGGGUUUGUGGUGAAUCUAGAUGUGUUACCGGAGAAAUUGGUGACAGCAACAGCCUGGUAGUGGAAAGGGUAGUCAGAAAAGAGGUUGGGGGAAAAUUUUGGGAUGAUCAUCUUAUGAUGGAAAUGGAUAAUUUGGGGAAGGAAGUAGAAAGGAGAUUGCUGGAAGAGCUAUUGGAAGAGGCUGUAGUUCAAUUGACAGGUAAGUGUGAUUAAAAUUUGCAAUUCUGUUUUAUUUUAGAUUAAUUCAUUAUUUCCCACCUUUGUCUCUGACAUUCAAUAAAUGAUGGCCCCGUGAUUUAUUUUGUGUAUGUCCAGAUAAGUCUGCCUACUUACCUCUGAUAUUCAUUUUGUGAAAAUAUAUGGCGUAUAAAUAUAAGUGAAAUCUAUCUAUUUUGAUUUC